AUGGGGCCAGAGCACCGCCGAGCCAUGCGAACUCCCAAUGUGCCCAGAAACCUCAGAGCCUCUGAACGGGAGAAGGUGCCCCCGCGAGUGGAGGAGGAUCCGAGCGAGAAGUGCAGGGAUUGUGGGGCCUUCGGCCACACGUCCAGAAGCAGGAGGUGUCCCAUCAAGCGCUGGGAAGGGGCUAUGGCCCCACAGCCUCUAGGCUCAAGAAGAGACAAAGAGAAUCGGGACACCCGGCAGACCCAGAGGCCCCAGAACUCAGGCAUCAUAACUCCCUGUGAGAGACUGAAAGGACAGGCAAAGAGGCAAGAAGAGCAACACAGGACAGCUUACUGCCAGAAUGUGCCCAUGCAAUCCCUCAGGAGGAAACAGCAGAGCCAGCAUGCAACGAGGCUAAGGUCCAUCAACACACAUGUUCAGACACCAGAGCUAGACGUCAUUCAAACCAGCCAGCCACUUAUGAGGAAGUCUGAGGAGAGUUCCCUGUGUCCUGUUGUGCCUCCUAGAAAGAGUCAUGAUGGCAAAACCUUCUUCCCUCUUGGGAAGUGCGGCGUUCCGAAUCCCACUGUCAGUGGUGUUCCCAAGGCAGCGGUUCAGAGAAGGAGCAAGAACCCUGCCUUAGAGAGCGUGACCCCAGAGCGUCACUCCCUAGAGCAGUGUCACGAGGCUUCUGAAAUUCAUGGAACUGGCCAGGCUCUUCACACGACAUCUGCAACCCAGAUCCCUGAUGGGAAAGCACAGCACAGCCUCUGUCCCCUUGCUCAGACAACCGGACAAUUUGCAAAUCACAAUAUCUGGACACCAGGCAACAGACCAAGUCAGGUUCCCAUCAAGCUUUGCCAAAAUCCUCCUAAAGUUCAGAGACUCAAGUCUCCAGAGGCCAAUGAGGACAGCUCUGGCAGUCCUUCAGUGCAGCCACUCCGAGUCCCGCAAUUCCUGCCCCAAGUGUCACCUAAAGCCCAUGCCCCAUCAUCAUCUUCAAGUCCUGUUCCCAGACCACCCAUCAGAAUGGUAUUCACCAGAGUGCAAAAUGACUGCUGGAGCAGCAGGUUCCUCUCUCCUUCCCCUGUGGACCCUCCUGAAAAGCAGGCACUCCCUGCGAAGAACCAAACCUUCCUGCAGAAAUCUGAGGGUCCCUGCAUCCAGGUCCCACUGAGUGUCCUCUAUGAAGAUCUGCAGGUGUCCUCUUCCUCAGAGGAAAGUGACUAA